AUGACAUCCGGCGAAGAUCUUGCUGCAGAAGUAGCAGGUCUCUCGUCUUCCGACGCAGACAAGGUCGCUAACCUCGUAUUCCAUUUCGCCAUCCGCUUGGGUCUCGAAGGCUUUACGGAUGCGUGCAACUCCAUCUUGCUGACGCUACUCAGCAGUUUCCCCAACGCGAUCGAGAGCUUAGGUGACCCAUGCUUGCGACCCAUAGAGUUCAUAUGGGAAAGCUCCGGGCAGAGACCCACUGUAUCAUGGAACACGCCUUCCGCAGAGGAUCUUGAUAUCUGGGAUCGCGACAUCCGCGACAGCUACAAACUCGUUGCCGAAGAAGACCGCGACGAUAUCCUCGAGUCCAUCAAGCUCCGCAUAGGCAUCGAUAACGAUUGGUACCUCACGCCUUACACUCUGGCGGGUGCGAUCGUGAUGGCGCUCGAUGCUGGCUGGGAUGAGCAAGCUCGUCAAUGGACGCUAAAAUUAGUACAAGACGCUUGCAAAAGCCACAUGAAUGACGUCUGGACAUUCGACAUCGCGAGGUGGCGACCGUUGGUUAAGCUCUGCAGGACAGGCAUCGUGGCCGAAGUUAGCGGGCGCACAACUGAACGGGCUAGUCGUGAUGCGGAGCUCGUGAAGCAGGCGUUGCACUCCUUCCGUUCCACGACUACCCCUGCCGCCGGCCGAUCUCAACAACACACCUCUGCACAAGAGAUCGAUGACCUCCCUUGGAGCUCGCUCGUACCCAUGCUCGAAGUCCUGAAGUGGGAACAGCACGCCACGCUGCUGAAGCCUCCCGCUUCCUCGUCUGCCAUCCAAGAAGCAGAGCAGCGGCUCGGCGUCGAGCUUCCCGAGGACUACAAGGGAUUCCUCCUCGUCUCCAAUGGCAUCGAAUUCAUGCCAUCCAUCGACUCCCCAGGACUCAUGUCAGUGGAAGAGCUCGAAUGGCAGGCAGCGGAUGAACUCGGCUUGGACGCUUUCCGCGUUGACCUAGGGUGCAAGACUGACCCUGCCGAGUACGAGCGCUUGCCAAAGAUGGACCGCGUGCUGGUCAUCUCGGACCCGGAAUGCGAGGAGCAAGUGUGGUAUGUGGAUCCGGAGACCGUUACAGAGGCGAUCCGAGUCCUCAAGGCGGAAGGACGGAGCGACGAGGUUGUCGGACAGCCUGGGUGGCGGGCGGUCUUCUGGGUGAGUCACAUGCCGGACCUGAGAUGGCUGAAGAGUAUCCGCGAGUUUAUGGAGGGUCUUGCGCGCAAGGCCGACAAGGCAGGUACAAAGUGA